CGCCCGGAAGUUCCGCUCAGCGGGAGGCGCUGGUGUUGUGGAGGGGUGCGGGUGUGAGGGGGACUGGGCGACUCGGGACGAGGUAGGGGCUGGGUGAGAAGGGGUCCUUGAGGACACAGGAUGAGGUUUCGGGAUCCUGAGCGGGGACAGCCCCGGGGCGCUUGGUAGCGGUCUCAGAGUCCUUUCCCGCGCCCGCAGGCAACUCUUGCGCGGCGUCCUGCCGCAGAGCCGGCCCCCGCCAGGAUGUCGUACAUGCUCCCCCACCUCCACAACGGCUGGCAGGUGGAUCAGGCCAUCCUCUCGGAGGAGGACCGAGUUGUGGUCAUUCGGUUCGGACACGACUGGGAUCCUACCUGCAUGAAGAUGGACGAGGUUCUGUACAGCAUAGCCGAAAAGCAAUGGCAGAUAAUGGGGGAUCUUCCUCGUCUUGUUACAAGCCCUGUUUGGAUAUCUCAGCUGUUUUAAAGUUAAAAAUUUUGCAGUUAUUUAUCUCGUGGAUAUUACCGAAGUACCUGACUUCAACAAAAUGUAUGAGUUAUAUGAUCCAUGUACUGUCAUGUUUUUCUUCAGGAACAAGCACAUCAUGAUUGACUUGGGCACUGGCAACAACAACAAGAUUAAUUGGGCCAUGGAAGAUAAGCAAGAAAUGGUUGACAUAAUAGAGACCGUGUAUCGUGGUGCCCGUAAAGGCCGGGGCCUGGUGGUGUCUCCUAAGGACUAUUCCACAAAAUACAGAUACUGAGGUGCUGUUGUCACAGUCUGUGCAGAUAAAUGCUGUGGAGCCGUUUUCAGGUGGAAAUAAUUUCAACUGUGUAAAGCCUUUGGAAAAUUAUAUGGAUCUCAGGGGCUGGAGGGUCCUUGAGUAAGGGUUGUAUGCCUUAACUAAUUGAAGCAAAUAAACAUAUGGUGAAGGAAUAGUCACAGUUAUUAA